UUACAUUUAGUGAGAAAAUAUUGCACAAUUCAAAUUCAAUGGAUAUUUAUUUGAAUUCAUUAUUAAAUUCAAAUCGAAUGCAGUCUAAUAAUUGUCAGAAAGUUGUCCGACCAGAACAAUUCAACAAUCAAUUAAAUAACUUGACAUUAUUAAAACACAUAGCAACAGAAAGUAAAUUCACACGUAGAUCUAUAGAUGGUGAACAUGCAUUCAACAAAGAUACUGAAGGAUCUGAAUCUAGUUCAAUUGAUUUACAAGGUAUUAUGCAAACAUUUCGAGAACAAUAUCUGAAUCAACUUACAAAUGCUAACUCAUGGGUUUUAUCAAUGUUAAAUAAUUCGAAGCAAAAAAUGAUCAAUUAUACUAUAACGGAGCAGAGCAACGAAGUACUGGAACAGUUAGAACAAGUUCACACAGGUGGACAGGUAAACAUCUCAUCACAUGACCAAUCAAGUACUGGCUCUAGUAAUGUAUCAGUUUGUAAGAGGUACACAGAAUUAUCAACAAGUUCUUCAUGUAUGCAAAAAGCAAAAUUGAACUGUAAAUCUUCAAGUUAUAAAAAUAAAACAAAUGAAUCGAUAUUCAAGUCCAACAGAAAGGAGGAGAAGGAACGACAAGAAGAAGAAGAAUCCAAGAGCAAAGAUUAUUAUGUAAUCAAUAAUGGUUGUACAUCAGAUAGUGAAAUACAUACUGAAAAUAAUACCUAUCAGAAAUGGAGUGAACAAAGCAGCCAUGAUGAUGAAGUUGAUAUUGUCGAUGAGUACAAUGCUGACAGUCAUUUAUUAUUAUCUGAAGAAAUUGAUAUUUCUGUAACUGAGACUAAAUCAAAUGUUGGCAGUGAUAUAAAUGAUAUUGAUGAUAUUGAUGACGGAGAGGGUGAUGGUGAUGAGGAUGACGACGAUAGUAAUGAUCAUCAUAAUGGUAAACGUCGUAGAAGAACACGUACUAAUUUUUCAGGACAACAGUUAACAGAACUAGAAUUAGUCUUCCGUGUAAGUCAUUAUCCAAGUAUGGUUGUAAGAGAAGAAUUAGCACAGCGUUUAGGCCUGCCAGAAUCUCGUAUACAGGUGUGGUUUCAAAACAGAAGAGCUAAGUGGCGUAAACGAGAACAUACACGUAAAGGACCUGGAAGGCCAGCACAUAAUGCUCAACUAAUCACAUGUUCAGGUGAGCCAAUUGAUCCAAAGGAGUUGUUAAAAAGAGAAGCGAAUCGUUUAGAAAAAAGAAGGCGGAAAUUAAUUGAAAAACGUAUUCAAGCUGUCAAAAAGAAGCAUAAUCAUAUUUCAAAGAUUUCUUCGACUAAAACUAUGCAGAAGAACUCUAAAUUUUCAUCUGUAGGACCAAAAGGUAGUGAAACAUCCAACUCUGUUGAUGACAUGCCAUUAAGUUUAGUUUCUCCAGUAAAUCAAGUGAAAGAAUUUGAACAAAAUCAUUUAUUUCAGCAUAUCACAAUGCCACAAAACUGUAUGAAUUUAUCUUCUCAAUUUAUGUCUUUUUGUAAACAAUCGAACAAUCAGUCUAAUGAUGUAGCUUUAAUUCAUCCCCACCAAUUAUGGACAAACUUUCAUCUGAAUUUUCCACUGGGGGAUAUGAAUGUAUGGAAUGAAUUACAACGAAAUAGUCAUGUGACCAACCAAAGACAAUUACCUUUCCAAUCUAGUGUUACAGAAUUACAUCAGUCUAAGGCAAACACUUUAAAGGGUUGUUUUAAUAAUGACAUAAAGUUAAGUAAAUCAAAUGAUUCACCAUUUAGUAUUGAGUGUAUUUUAUCAUCAACAUCAUUAUCUUCAUCAGCUUCUCAUUAA